AUGCUGCAAAUAAACGCGUUCAAGUUGGUGAGGGCAACUCCUUUCCUCCUGAAACGUACCGGCAAGCCGGCGGAUACGCCAGACUAUAAACAGGUCUAUUUGCCAUACGAUGCGGCCCCCACUGAACGGGAGUUGGAGAGGGAGCGGCGCCGCUUCAAGCAGGCGCACCAUGGACGCAUGGAGCACCGUAAACUUGUAGAGGUCAAGGAAGUGCCCUUGAAUGUGUAUACGUACGGGAAAGAGGGUAUGUCGCUCCCCAUAGCUAUUUUCAAGGACCAAAAAGACCCGGUUAUUGGCCCGGAGUGGACAUACCCAGGCAUUUAUGAAAAUAAAAUAGCCGCACAGCACUGGUACACGGAGGAGUUGUUCGACAAAGAGAGCAAGGAGGCGUUUGAAUCGCCGUGGCAGCAGCAGAUACUUGACAAUCAGGUGAAACGAAGGAUGGCGAAAGUUAUGUUCCGCAUGCGCCAAGUGAACAUGAAGGCUGUGGAUUUGUUUCAAAAGGAGCGUGGAUCGUCAAGGCGGUCCGGCGGUGCGGGAGAAAAGGGUAAGGAUGGGGGUGGAAAGAAGUGA